UGUUUAUUGUGCAUCUACUUGGAUAAUAUUAUUUUUAUCGUUCCGAUGGAGUUGGAUUAUCAUUGCUGAAUUUGGCUCAAAUGAAUUUGCGUAGAUGAAAAGCAUGCGGCGUCCAUACGGGGUUACAUUAAAAUUUCAGUGCGUUCUCUCUUUGGUUCGUCCUUCCAUAGGCAUAAUAAUAUUCGACUCGGCAUUGUCUGGGUACAUACUCUAUAUUAUCUUAGGUACACGCGGUGAGCGAUGGUAACAUCAGUUCUUGUCACCUUUGCGUACCCACCGCCUACCGACUUGAGUUUGCUUGAGUUGCGGGUGCAGGGUAGACGCAGAGGGCGCCGCUUGACGAUGAAUUUUAGAGAUCAGAGUUCAUAAUCGGUUACGAAAAGUCCCAUAAGGCUAUCAGUUUUUAUAUAUCCUCAGUCAACGUUUAUACUGGGGAAAAUUUUCAGGAAGUAGAUAUUUGCAAGGCUCUUGGGUCUGAACCUAUUGGAAUGGUGGCCAAAAUACCAAGUGAAAAUGAACUAAAGAAAUUCAAAUUAUACUUGGAGAAAAUUGAAGCUGAAAAGACGCGCAUGGAAGGAACAUUCAAAGAAGCCCAAAGCGGUAUAAUCGCGAUAAUGGAUGAACUAGGUCUUUCACCUGAAAAUGGUUUUGAAAGCCAAGUUUAUACUGGGGAAAAUUUCAUUUACAACAGCGUGAAUAUGGCGAAAUUGAGCGAAUUUUACGAUAACUUGAAGAAAACGCUCGUAAAUGCGAAGCAAGCGGCAGCGGACAAACGAGAGCAAUCAAAAAAUUUGUGA